AUGGCUUCCGUUGCCAUUUCUGCCUCCUUGCAGAGAGCUUGCACCUCACAUCAUGUCACCAGGAAGCAACAUCCACAAGCCAAACCAGCUUAUUCUCUAGGAACAAAGCAAGUGAUGAAUGCUGUCACCCUGGAUAUGGAAGGACAGAAAGGCAUUGGCAUAGCUGAAAAAGUAGAACCGGUUUCACAAAAAGUCAACGACCCUGAGGAUGAAUUGAAAGACUGUACUUUCGAGACAGAAUCUUCUGCUCCAAAGUUCAGGGACGAGCGCUGGAAGAACGGGACAUGGGAUUUAAAUAUGUUUGUUAGAAAUGGUAGAAUGGAUUGGGAUGGUGUGAUUGUUGCAGAAGCUAGGAGGAGAAAGUUCCUGGAGACGCAACCAGAAGCUACUACAAACCAAGAACCAGUCCAAUUCAGAAGCUCUAUCAUACCCUGGUGGGCAUGGCUCAUGAGAACAAAUAUCCCGGAGGCUGAGCUGCUCAAUGGUCGAGCUGCAAUGAUAGGAUUCUUCAUGGCUUAUGUUUUGGAUGCUUUAACGGGGCCAGAUGUUGUUGGCCAAAGAGGCAAUUUUAUUUGCAAGGCAGGAUUGUUUGUGACGGUCAUCGGUGUCAUACUGUUCAGGCGAACCCAAGAUUUCGAGAACCUGAAAAAGCUUGCUGAUGAGGCCACUUACUAUGACAAACAGUGGCAAGCAUCCUGGAAAGAUCAAAAUGCAAGCUCUGCUUCUUCAGAGAAAAUUGGAAAUACUUGAAAUUUGAGUUCACGUUAUUACUUGUUCAUUUAGAACAAUAUAAUCAUAAUUGCAGUAGUAUAUGGUUCUAAUAGAAGUAGUAUGAU